AUGAAUAGCCUCCGCCUACUGAGAAAGUCGUCAACGCCAUGUUCAAAGCGACUCACACUUGCCUCCAUCAUCAACCCUAGCGCGACUCUUCUAUUAGUACCAUCAUCAACACCCAGAGAUGCUCCUAUUAGUACCAAAAGUCACAACUUUUCCACCUCCACCACUUCUAUUAGACAGCAAUCGAAAUCUCUCGAUUGGGUUAGUGGUAACUAUGGAGUUCUAACGAGGAAUUUUCAUGUGGGUGGUGGGUCGUUGAAUUUCAGGGCUUCCGAAGUGUUAUCUCAGGCGGAACUUGCGUUCGCCAGUUUCUCCGAUGAAGAUAAGUCGUCGGGAGCGAGUGGGGCCGUCGAUGAUGGUCUUGAGAUAUCGAAGCUUGGGAUUUCUGGAGAGAUUGUUCAGGCUUUGGCUAAGAAGGGCUUUGGCUAA